AUGUCAAGUGAAUUAACAACUGAGGAGCUUGUGGCUAUUGCUGUAGCACUAGAAGAAGACGAGAACAAGAUCCAGAAGAAAAGAAAAUAUUCUGUUCAUCCAUUAAAUAAGCAAAGGAAGAGAAAAGGCCUGUUUCAUUUAAUAUAUGAUGAUUUGCGUGUAUAUCCUGAAAAGUUUUUUUCUUUUUAUCGGAUGUCUAUGCCGACAUUUGAUGAAUUGAGGAGUAUCGUUAGAUCUGACUUAUUAAAAAUGGAGAAUUUAAAAAAUGACACAAUAACACCAGAGGAACGCUUGACAAUUACUAUAAAGUAUGUAUAUUUUUAUAAUUAUUGGAUCAUUAAAUAUAUUGAAAAAUCAAAAUAA